UAGACCCGUAUGCAUACUCAUUUGGAAGGGUUUAUUGUAUGGACUGAUUCACUGUUAUUAAAGGAGCUUAAUCUAAACAGAUUACAGCGCAAUGGCAAAUAUGAUAACGUUUCAGACGCAAAUCGCUUCAGUUAUGGAAGUACUCGCAAACGCCGCUGUGGCCGAAAUCUGCAAACUUGUUGAGGAAAGCUAUAGCGAAUUACAGCUUGAAAUAUCUCAAACACAAAAGGACAAUAACCUCCUUAAAAAGAAAUUGAAAGUGUUAGAAAUCCGAGAUUCGUUUUAUAGAAGAGCACACAAACUAAGAAACGAAUCAACUGCCUUGACAAAAACAGAAGUUCACGCAAAAGCAUCAGGGCGAAUUAGUGUGAAACUUGCUUCUCUGUGUAAUGAGGGUAGGACUGAAGAUGAAGCUCGCUCCGGUAAAGUCUCGCAUCUUCAACACGAAAGGCUAGACCAGUCUGUAGGGGAUAACGAACCAGAUGUUCUUCUUAUUAAAGAAGAGAGACCUGGCAAUGUGAGGUGUGAACACUCGGAAAGAGAAACAGAGACUGCUGAAAACCGUAAAGACGACAACCAGUACAGGAGUGCUAGAGUCUUUGUAACAGUCCACAGAGAAAACUUCAUAGACCAGAACUCAGUCCAGCACUGCCAUCAAGAGUCUGUAGAGGAUGACGAGCCAGAUGUCCUCAUUAUUAAAGAGGAGAGACCUGACAGCAUGAGGUGUGAACAGUCAGAAAGAGAAACAGAGACUACUGAAAACCACGACACACAGUACGGGAGUGCAGGAGUUUUUGUAACAGUCCACAGAGAUAACUUCAUAGACCAGGACACAGUCCAGCACUGCCAUCAAGAGUCCAAUGGAAUGCAACCUGAUCUCCUUGAGGACGAUGAUAUUGGUGAAACCAGAAUGGAGAGACAUUGUGAUGGAGAUACAGGGACUAACCUGCAGCCUGUCCCUUCCUAUCCUUCAUGGGUUUCCAGGAGAUUUGACAGAACCACAAAUCAUGCCUCCUAUGCUGAAUCUGAAUGCAAUGGAGGACCUUCUGUGAAUCAGUGUUUGAUGUACAGAGGGAGCGCAGGUCCCACGUGUUCCUAUGCAACUCCAAUGGACUCUAAUGGCUUGUCUAUGUCUGAUAUGGAAGGCCAUUUAACACACGGCGAUGAAGGUAACGUCAUUUCUCAAUCCGAACGGUCCCCUUUCUCGCCGUGCUUUUCUUUCAAACAGUCAGACUCGCCUCUGAUGCAAAGGAAAGACAAGUUUAUGUGUAAACAUUGUGGAAAAGCAUUCUCUCAACCCAGCACUCUCCUCUUGCAUCAAAAACUUCAUAACAGGGAGAGGCUUCACCACUGUACACUCUGCGGUAAGCGAUUUAGUCAGGCAUCUAGUCUCAAAAGACACCAUAGCAUCCACAGAGGUGAAAAACCAUUCAGUUCAUGA